CCUGCGCACGGGCGAACACGUGGCUGCCGCGGAGCCAGAGCAGCAAUGGCGGCGGGCCGCGUCAAAGUUGCCGACUCUCUGUCCCCGUCGGGGAUCCCCUGCGCCUUCUCUCCGCAGAACCAGGCCUACUUCGCUUUGGCGUCUACAGACGGUCAGCUGCGAGUGUGGGAGACAGCCAACAACCGGCUGCACCAGGAAUACGUGCCUUCCGCGCACCUCAGCAGUACUUGCACCUGCCUGGCCUGGGCGCCAGCGCGGCUGCAGGCCAAGGAAAGCCCCCAAAGGAAAAAAAGGAAAUCAGAAGCUAUAGAACUGAGUAACCAGGUUGACUUGGUGGCUCUUGGUACAUCAGUUGGUAGCAUUUUAUUAUACAGUACAGUCAAAGGAGAAUUACACAGUAAAUUGACAAGUGGUGGACAUGACAACAAAGUCAAUUGCAUACAGUGGCAUCAAGAUAAUGGCUGUUUGUAUAGUUGUUCAGAUGAUAAAUAUAUUGUGGAAUGGAAUACACAGACAUGCAAAGUAAAGUGCAAAUGGAAAGGUGACAAUAGCAGUGUCAGUUCCCUGUGUAUCAGUCCAGAUGGAAAGAUGUUGCUUUCAGCUGGUCGAACAAUCAAACUAUGGGUUUUGGAGACCAAAGAAGUCUACAGACACUUCACGGGACAUUCGACGCCGGUUUCAUCACUUACGUUCACUACUAUCAGACCUCCUAAUGAAAGCCAACCCUUUGAUGGAAUUACAGGUCUUUAUUUCUUAUCUGGAGCAGUACAUGACCGGUUACUUAAUGUCUGGCAGGUCCGAUCAGAAAACAAAGAAAAGAAUGCAGUGAUGUCUUUUACAGUUACAGAUGAACCUGUCUAUAUUGACUUGACUUUGUCAGAAAACAAAGAAGAGCCUGUCAAGUUAGCUGUUGUAUGCAGUGAUGGUCAAGUUCAUCUUUUUGAACACAUAUUAAAUGGAUAUUGCAAAAAGCCGUUGACUUCAAACUGCACAAUUCAGAUAGCCACAUCUGGGAAAGGCAAGAAAUCAACACCAAAACCCAUCCCUAUUCUAGCAGCUGGUUUUUGCUCAGACAAAAUGUCAUUGUUGCUUGUAUAUGGCAAUUGGUUUCAGCCCACCAUUGAGCGAGUGGCUUUAAGUUCCAAAGAACCUCAUAUGUGUUUAGUGAGAGAUGUUCCAAACUGCUGGGCCCCCAAAGUAGAAACAGCUGUAAAAAAGGUGAGAACACCAGUGAUGAAUUCUGAGGCAAAGGUUCUGGUUCCUGGGAUACCUGGUCAUCGUGCAGCCAUCAAGCCUCCCCCUCCUUCUGCCGAGGAAGUAGAAAGCAAGAGGAAGUUAGGGGAAAAGGAGGUUAGCAUUGAAGAACGCCUGGGAGCACUGGAUAUACAUACAAAAAGGGAAAAGGAGGACCUUCCACAGACAAAUAGCUUUCCAGUUCUUCUUGCACAGGGCUUAGAAAGCAAUGAUUUUGAAAUGCUAAAUAAAGUGCUGCAGACUAGGAAUUUAAACCUAAUAAAGAGGACUGUGUUAAGGAUGCCCCUGCAUGCUGUUAUUCCAUUGUUGCAAGAGCUUACGAAGAGAUUGCAAGGACAUCCUAAUAGUGCCGUUUUAAUGGUUCAGUGGCUAAAAUGUGUGUUAACAGUUCAUGCAUCCUACCUAUCCACAUUGCCUGACCUGGUACCUCAGCUGGGGACACUCUACCAGUUAAUGGAAAGCAGAGUAAAAACGUUUCAGAAACUCUCCCACCUUCAUGGGAAGCUUAUCCUUCUAAUCACACAAGUUACAGCAUCAGAAAAAACAAAGGGAAUGGCUUGUCCUGCACAGGAGGCGAAAUUGGUGUAUGAAGAAGAAUCUUCUGAAGAGGAGUCUGAUGAUGAAAUAGCAGAUAAGGAUUCUGAUGAUAAUUGGGAUGAAGAUGAGGAAGAGAAAGAAAGUGAAAAAGAUGAGGAUGUUGAUGAAGAUAAUGAAGAGGAAGAUGAGGAUGCUGAGGAAAAAGAUGAGGAAAAUGGUGAGGACAGAGAGGUGGCAAGUGAAAAAGAAUUAAAUGGAGAUUCUGAUUUGGAUCCUGAAAAUGAAAGUGAAGAAGAAUGAGGACAGAAACGCAAGCCAGUCAAACUGUGUAAACUCUGGCUCACCUUACCCAGUGCUGCCGGGUCCUCCUGGGACGGUUUGGCUCCGAGACAGAAUGCCAGGGACCCUUGCACAUUUCCAAAUUCCUGAAGGUGGUUCCCAUGCCACUUUGCUGUCCUGAGCACCCCAGAUUUAACUGUGUAAAUAAGAGUGUUUCAUUCAAAUGUUAAUAAACUUUACACAGUAAAUAGA